CGGAUAGCACAGUCUAGCACUUAGACUCAGAGGCUUGGACUUCGAAAAGGACAGUGGAGCCUUCUGGGAAAUGGAGUUUAGUGUGGCGCGUGAGCAGUACGACCCGGCGAGUGUCUCCUUGCUUCCGGACUGCAUUUCCCAGAAAUCACACCGCGUUUCUAGUCGCUUCAUGAAGUGAUUGCUAUGGAGUACAAUGCAUUGUGGGAAUGGCGCUUCCAGAAAACUAAAUGUGAGGCCGCAGGCCGCCCCUAAAAUACGACUUCCACCUGGGGCUACAGCUUCGAGGGACCUAGCGCGUGAGUGGAGAGGGAACAAGGGGGAGCGCGCACGCACGGAGCACCCAAGCGGGCAGAACCCCCAGGUCCCAACUUUCUUAGAAGGUGAAGGUCUUCAAAGAUAUCCCCAGGAAAAGGAAUCCAACCAGGAGAAGAGUCCUGUUCUGAGACCUUACACCACAGCUUUAAGGUAGUGCUUGGUGGGAACGACUGGUGGCACAGUGAUUUUUGCUGAUCCUGGGCAGAGGACAGGAGUAAAGCCAGCUCAGGGAAAACACUGGAAAGACUGGAAACCAUGGAGGACUUGUUCCAAAUGCUUGGGGAGAGAGCUCAGCCUCCUCAAGUCUCUGUGCUUCUUCUCCAAGACCAGAUCAGAGAGGGAGAGGAGGGAAUGACUUUUAGGUUCCUUACAACCAAGUUUCAGGAAUCGGUGACGUUCAGGGAUGUGGCUGUGGACUUCACCCAGGAGGAGUGGAGGUGUCUGGAGCCUGCCCAGAGGGCCUUGUAUAUGGAUGUGAUGUUGGAGAACUACAAGAACCUGAUCUCCCUUGGAAUCCCUGUUUCAAACUUGGAUGUGGUCUCCUUGUUAGAAAAGCGAGCAGCAGUGUGGACCCAAGACGGAGAAGACCCAAGAGACACUUGUCUAGGUUUCCAUCUUUUGGCUAAGUUCCAGUUUGAGAUCUUCCAGAGCUUGUUGAUAGUUUCCAUUUUGGGAGAUUUCUUUAGGGAAGACACCAGAUUUGAAAUCCAGGAUUUAAGUAUGGGAAGGUCAUCGAGGAAAAAACUGCCAAAGAGCAUGGCCUGGCAUUACAAAAUGGAAGAAGCUGUGGAAUAUAAUAUUAAUUUGGAGAAACAAGAGAGACCAUCCAGAGAAGCCACCAUUUGCAGAACAACUUUGAGUGAUAUGAGUGUACCUCAGUGUGAGAUACUGGGGGAAAAUUUAAAUCUGGGGCCAGACUUAGUAGCACUGUUGAAUGAGACUAUGGAGAAAAGUCUGGAUAAACAUAAGACAGCUGGAAAGAGCUUCAGGGGGUUUUCAGACCUAACUGCAUAUAGUAUAGUCUCUUUAGAGAAAAACCUAUCUAAAUAUGCCAAAUGCAAGAAACCUUUCAGAUACCACUCGGGACUAUUUAAGUUUCAUAGAAUACAUGCUGGAGAAAAGCUACAUGAACAAAGUGAAGGUGGAAAAGUAUUCAGAAGAUCAAAUCUUAUUGAACUUAAGAGAAUUUCUACCAGAGAGAAACAUGAAUAUACUAAAUAUAGAAAAGACUAUAGCCACAAUGGAAGCUUGACCGAACUUAAGAUAAAUCAUCCUAAAGUGAAACCCUUUAAAUGUAACGAAUGUGGGAAAUCCUUUAGUCGGAGUGGAAAUCUGAUGGCACAUCAGAGAACUCAUACUGGAGAGAAAUCUUUUCCAUGUAAUGAAUGUGGAAAAAGCUUCAUUCAUAGGGGAAACCUUAUUACUCAUCAGAGAACUCAUACUAGAGAGAAACCUUUUGAAUGUAAUGAGUGUGGGAAAACCUUCAGGUUUAGGGGAAGCCUUAUUAGACACCAGAGAACUCAUAAUGGAGAGAAACCCUUUGCAUGUAAUGUAUGUGGGAAAGCCUUCAACCACAUGGGGUACCUCAUUGAUCAUCAGAGAAUUCAUACUGGAGAGAAACCUUUUGAAUGUAAUGAAUGUGGGAAAGGUUUCAGCAAGAGAGGAUACCUUAUUUUUCAUCAAGGAAUUCAUACUGGUGAGAAACCCUUUAAAUGUAAUGAAUGUGAGAAAGCCUUCAGCCAGAGAGGAAAACUUAUAGCACAUCAGAGAACUCACACUGGAGAGAAACCCUUUGCAUGUAAGGAAUGUGGAAAAGGCUUUAGCAGGAGAGAAAAUCUUACUAGUCAUCAGAGAGUUCAUACUGGGGAGAAACCCUUUGCAUGCAAGGAAUGUGGGAAAUCCUUUACCCAGAGAGCAAGCCUUAUUACCCAUCAGCGAAUUCAUACUGGAGAGAAACCCUUUGUAUGUAAUGAAUGUGGAAAAUCCUUCAGCAACAGGGACUCCCUCACUUAUCAUCAAAGAACUCAUACUGGAGAAAAACCUUUUGAAUGUAAUGAAUGUGGGAAGGCCUUCACCCAGAGAGCAAACCUUAUUACCCAUCAGAGAACUCAUACUGGAGAGAAACCCUUUAUUUGUAAUGAAUGUGGGAAAGCUUUUGGACAAAGAGUAUCCCUCACUUGUCAUCAAAGAACUCAUGAUGGAGAAAAACCCUUUGAAUGUAACGAAUGUGGGAAAGCUUGUAGCCAGAAAGCAAACCUUAUUACUCAUCAAAGAACUCAUAUAAGAGAGAAACCCUUUACAUGUAAUGAAUGUGGUAAAGGCUUCAGCAGGAGGCAAACUCUUACUAGUCAUCAGAGUGUUCAUACUGGGGAGAAACCCUUUGCAUGUAAAGAAUGUGGGAAAUCCUUUACCCAGAGAACAAGACUCAUUACCCAUCAGCGAAUUCAUACUGGAGAGAAACCCUUUGUAUGUAAUGAAUGUGGAAAAUCCUUCAACCACAGGGACUCCCUCACUUAUCAUCAAAGAACUCAUACUGGAGAAAAACCCUUUGAAUGUAAUGAAUGUGGGAAGGCCUUCACUCAGAGGGCAAGUCUUAUUACCCAUCAGAGAACUCAUACUGGAGAGAAACCCUUUAUAUGUAAUGAAUGUGGAAAAGCCUUUGGCCACAGAAUAUCCCUUACUUAUCAUCAAAGAACUCAUAAUAGAGAAAAACUCUUUUAAUGUAAUGAAUGUGGGAAAGCUUGUAGCCAGAAAGCAAACCUUAUUACUCAUCAAAGAACUCAUAUAAGAGAGAAACCCUUUACAUGUAAUGAAUGUGGUAAAGGAUUCAGCAGAAAGUCCAACCUUAUUCCUCAUCAGAAAAUUCAUACAGAAAAGAAACAGAAUUUGAUGAAAUAGAGAGGCUUCAAUCAAGGAGUACACCUUCCUAGUCACCAGAAAACUAAUUUGAUUCUGAAAACUCAACCCGUAGAUACAUCUUUUUUUUCUAACAUAAUUUAUUAUGGCUUUCUUUGGUUUUUAUAUCACCUGGACAUCUCAUUCUAUUCCUUUUUCCAUCCCCUCCAAAGAGGUAUCUCAUCUUUUAAAAGUUCAGCCUAACAGACCUAACACAUUUAAAAACUGACAUUGUCUACAGAUUUCCAACUAUAGUCAGCCAUCUUUGUAAAGAAAGAAGGGGAUAGGAUAGUUUUUUCUCAGAAUUUAAUUUUACUUUUAUCAUAUCUGUGCUCUAAUUUCUAAUUUAUUUCUAAUUUCUCUAAAUUUCACUAUUUUCUAAUUGUACUUUUGUUGGUUUUCAAUUUUUAGAAAUGUCACGUUCCUUUCAUUAAUUCUUUGGAUAUUUUAUUAAUAUAUGAUGUUAUUUUAUUUUAUUUAUUUAUUUUUUAAAACCCUUACCUUCUGUCUUAAAAUCAAUUCUGUAUUAAUACAAGGCAGAAGAGUAGGAAGGGCUAGGCAAUGGGGGUGAAGUGACUUGCUUGCCCAGGAUCACACAGCUGGGAAGUGUCUGAGGUCAGAUUUGAACCUGGGACCUCCCAUCUCUAGGCCUGGCUCUCAAUCUACUGAGCUACCCAGCUACCCCCAUUAAUAUAUGAUUUUGGAGGAGUUAUUAUCCUCUUAAGGCCUACUUUAGCUUGAUCUCAGAAAUUUUGGAAUGUUGUCUCCUUAUUGCCAUUGUCUUUGAUACUGUUAUUGUUUCUAUGAUUUAUUUUCUGCCCCACCCAUUAUUUAGCAUUUCAGUAUUAAAUUUCUGUUUAAGACUGUGACUUUUGAUGUGCUCCCUGAAUUGAUACUUCUUAAUUAUAUUAUCUCUGUGCCCAAAGGCUUGGUUUUUUUGGUAACAGUACUAUAUUUGGUGCUUAGAAAUAAUAUAACAUGUUUUAAUAUAUGUUUACACAUUUGAUAUUCAUUUAGAAGCUAUAAAUCUUUUAGCCUUAAAUUCAUUAACAGUUUGUUCAGUUCUAUAGUUAAUUUUUUUUAUCUUCCUGCUUUUAAUAUGUUCAGUUCUGAGAGGAAGAUUACAGUUUCCUGUUAUUUAUUGUGUUCUUAUUUAUGUCUUGCCAUUCAGUUAUUUUUUUCCUUGAUAUGCCAUUUGAUGUAUAUAUGGUUAAUAUGGAUAUUAAUUCAUUGUCUAUGAUUCCUUUAAGCAUAAUGUAAUUUCCUUUUUUAUAUCUUGGGAUUGUGAGUUUUUAUUUUUAACAUUUAACAUUAAGAUGUAGUAGCAUGAUUGCAAUUCUGGCUUUUUGUAUUCACUUAAAGCAGAGUAAGUUUUACUCCAGCUUCUCUUUUGUUUUCUGUGUGGAAUAUGCCUAUUAGAUAUGGGGCUUUGUUUUUGUUCUGACACUUUUAUUGGAUUUAGUCCAGUGAAGGAUUGCUAUGGACCACAUACUUACUGACUUAGUUUUAAAGUGUAAUGUUAUCUCUGUUAUAUUUUCAUUUAUUUUGUUAAAUAUUUCCCAAAUAUAGAUAUAUCUGUACCCAUG